CCGGAUUGUCUCAGCCGGCCGGCCGGUUGCCUAUAUAAACCUGGUCUGUCGCACCGGCUUUGGUCAGACUAGGGACACGACACAAUGCAGAACGAGGCUAAAGCAGACGUCAAGCACGCGCCAUACUCCAAUGGCAAGGCCGGUUUCUAUCCGGAGAAACUCAAUUACGUCAUCACCGUGGACAGUGGCGACGUAAAGGAGAAGGAGGCGACGAAAGUUGACGAGAUCGAUGACGAUCCGUGGGCUCUACCUGAGCUCAACGACGACUCUGAGCAAUGGGAAGACCUGGACACAGUAGGGAAGGUGAAGCGUGUCGUCUGGCUGGCCCUGAGGUUCGUGUUCCUGGUCGGCCUGAUGUACCUCUUCAUCUGUUCUCUGGACUUUCUCAGCUCGGCCUUCCAGCUGCUCGGGGGCAAAGCCGCAGGUGAAGCAUUAGGGAGCUCUGUUCUACUGAGCAACCCGAUUGCCGGUUUGAUGGUUGGGGUCCUGGCAACGGUCCUGGUUCAAAGUUCAUCAACGUCCACGUCAAUCAUCGUCUCCAUGGUGUCGGCCGGCAUACUGAAAGUUCGUCUGGCAAUUCCUAUCGCCAUGGGCUGUAACAUAGGGACAACAGUGACCAACACUCUAGUCUCGCUGGGGCAGGUUAACGUCAAAAGUGACUUUAGACGUGCAUUUGCCGCCGCCACCGUCCACGACAUGUUCAACUGGCUGUGUGUGUUGGUGCUCCUGCCGCUAGAGGUCGCCUCCGACUACCUGCUCCGGAUGACCGACGCCAUCACCCAAGACCUCGCCUACAACCAAUCAGACUCCAGCUCAAACUCCAACCCCAAAAUGCUCAAAGCCAUCACAGAGCCCUUUACCAAGAAAAUCAUAGAAUUGUCUUCAAGUAAAAUCCGAGCAAUCGCCAAAGGUGAAGAGGUCAACGGAAGUAUCAUUGUGCCAGGUGAUCACGUGUUUGGUGAAUGGAGCGGCUCAGACGCAGCAGCAGGCGCCAUUUUAUUGGUUGUGUCCCUUGUGUUGUUGUGUACCUGCCUCGUUCUGGUGGUGAAGAUCCUCAGCUCUUUACUCAAGGGGGCCAUCGCUAAGAUUAUUCAGAGAGUUGUGAAUGCUGACUUCCCGGGCCCUUUCAAAUACCUGACCGGCUACUUCGUCAUUCUCGUGGGCGCAGGUCUGACCAUCGUUGUACAGAGCAGCUCUAUCUUCACAUCAGCCCUCACCCCCCUGGUCGGGGUGGGAGCGAUCCACCUUGACCGGAUGUACCCCCUCACCAUCGGCUCCAACAUUGGCACCACCAUCACCGGGAUCCUUGCAGCCUUGACCUCGUCACCUUCCACGUUCAGAGAGUCGCUUCAGAUCGCGCUGUGUCAUCUAUUCUUCAACAUCUCCGGGGUCGUGUUGUGGUACGUCAUCCCCCCGACCCGCAAGCUGCCCCUGGGGUUGGCUAAAUACCUGGGUCAGAUCGUCCACACGUACCGCUGGUUCGCUGUGGUGUACCUUAUCCUGGUCUUUUUCUUACUCCCUCUCGCCAUCUUCGGCCUCUCCCUCGCCGGCUGGGAGGUCCUCGUCGGGGUGGGAGUCCCCGUUAUCCUCCUCAUCAUCUUCAUCAUCGUCGUCAACAUUCUACAGAAAAAAGCACCAAAAUUUCUUCCCGCACGACUCAAAACCUGGGAAGACUCUGGAAUCCCAGAACCUCUAAGAUCUUUAAGGCCGUACGACAAUUUCUUUGUCCGGUUAUCAAAAUGCUGCUGUUUCUGCUGUAAGAAGUCUGACGUUUCUGAGGGCGCGUACAGUAACGACGGGUUCAGCAUAGACUGUGACGACACCGACACGACAGUGAACAGCACAGAUAACCACAUCACGAGUACCAACAGUCGCACUGAACUCACCAAGUUUUGACAUCCCCAUCAAAAACUGAACUCACCAAGUUCUGAGCAUCUCAUCAAACAUUGAACUCACCAAGUUUUGACAUCCCCAUCAAAAACUGAACUCACCAAGUUUUGACAUCCCCAUCAAAAACUGAACUCACCAAGUUUUGACAUCCCCAUCAAAAACUGAACUAACCAAGUUCUGACCAUCUCAUCAAACAUUGAACUCAGCAAGUUUUGACAGUCCCACCAAACAUAUGCUGCCAUCAAAAGC